AUGAAUGAGAUCAGAACUGCAGACCUAAUUCCCAGGCGGAAACGACAGAAAAGGAUGAAGCCUCCAUCUCUUCUGAACAGCUACCCUAUACACUUCAAUGACAUCAUCAUUUUUAUUGUGGAGAGGAAAAUGGGAAUGACCAGGAGAAAGUUCCUGAUGGAUCUAGCAAGACGAAAAGGCUUCAGGAUAGAAAAUGAGCUAAGUGAUUCUGUCACCCACAUUGUGGCUGAGAAUAAUUCUUUCACUGAAAUCAUGAGAUGGCUGCAGAUACACCAGGUGGAGGAUGGUUCGAGAUUCAGGAUCCUGGACAUUGCUUGGCUGACAGCUUGCAUGGAGGCAGGAAGGCCAGUGGAUUCAGAGAAAUAUCAGCUGUUUGUAAGGAGAGACCACGGGAGGAGCACCACGCCUGGUGAUCCAUACAUGAGUCCUGUGGGCACUUCAAGUGUCUCCCAAUACGCAUGUCAAAGGAGGACAACCUUAAAUAAUUAUAACCAAAAAUUCACGGAUGCCUUUGAAGUACUGGCUGAAAACUAUGAAUUCAGAGAAAAUGAAGUGUCUUGCCUUGCAUUUAGGAGAGCUGCUUCUGUGCUGAAAUAUCUUCCAUUUACUAUAGUUCGAGUAAACGAUAUUGAAGGACUGCCCUGGAUUGGAGAACAAAUCAAAGAGGUCGUUGAGGAUAUCUUAGAAGAAGGAGAGAGUCCCAGAGUGAAUGAUGUUCUAAACAAUGAAAAAUACAGAUCAUUUAAACUCUUCACUUCUGUUUUUGGAGUGGGACUGAAGACAUCUGAGAAGUGGCACAGGAUGGGCUUGCGGACUCUGGAAGAAGUGAAAAGUGAUAUGAACCUGAGCCUAACAAGAAUGCAAAGAGCAGGGUUACUGCACUAUGAAGACCUUGCUGGCUACGUGUCCAAGGCAGAAGCAGAUGCAGCAAUCCUGAUUGCUAAAGAUACAGUGUGGAAAUUUUUCCCCACUGCUUUAGUAACCUUGACUGGUGGUUUUAGAAGGGGCAAGGAGAUUGGCCAUGAUGUAGACAUAUUGAUUACUGUACCAGGAUCAAGACAAGAAGAAGAACUGCUACACUUAGUGAUUGACCUUUGGAAAAAGCAGGGACUGCUCUUAUAUUAUGAUCUGAUUGAAUCAACUUUUGAAAAGACAAAGCAGCCUAGCAGAAAUGUUGAUGCUUUAGAUCAUUUUCAGAAAUGCUUUGCCAUUUUAAAAUUACCCAAGGAAAGAAUGGAUGACGGCAGUUCCACUAUGUCUACUACUUCUAAGGAAGAAAUGAAAGACUGGAAAGCAAUUCGUGUAGAUCUGGUUGUGAGCCCCUUUGAACAAUAUGCUUAUGCUCUGUUAGGAUGGACUGGAUCUAGGCAAUUUGAACGUGACCUGCGCAGAUAUGCCACCCAUGAAAAGAAAAUGAUGUUGGAUAACCACGCUUUAUAUGAUAAAACAAAGAAAAUGUUCCUGUCUGCUGCAAGUGAGGAAGAAAUUUUUGCACACCUUGGCCUGGAUUACAUUGAACCAUGGGAAAGAAAUGCAUAGAGAGAUUUGCUAAUAUCUGUCCACAACUUUCAAAAAUCUCUA